AUGAUGUAUAAAGAUUUUUUGUUAGUCUUUGUUGCAUUUGAUUUGAAUCGAUGGAAUAAUGAAGGAGCUCCAGGUGAUGCACCAUUUUCACAAGGUGAAUUAUCGUACCAAAAUGCUAUACAUUGUCCUCAUGGAAUUCGAAACCUUGAAAGAGGAAUUGUCCUAUUAGUCCCUUGCACAAGCUGUGAGGCUACAGAAGUCUUUGCAGAGACUCCAAUUGCUUUACGUUUACCACAAGAAGGUUUUGAUGUAUGUUGGGUUAAUCUUCCAUUUCAUGGUUUAGGUGAUAUGCAACUUUCUGGCGAGUUUGUGGCUUUUGCUGUCAACUAUCUUGCUGAGAAAUCAGUGAGUGGUAAGAUCAAUGUGGUGACCUAUAGUCAAGGUGGUUCAAAUGCUCAAUGGGCAAUCACUUUUUGGCCAUCGAUUCGAAAUCAAAUCAUUAACUUUAUAACUCUAGCUGCGCCUCAUAAAGGUACACUCUUAACACGUCCUAUCUGUACUUCUCUUAAUCUUCUUGGAGGUUGUUUAACUUCAGUACUUCAGAUGGAUCGCAACUCUCGAUACAUGAAUGCAGUUAAUAAUAUAAGUUCUGUGAACGAUGGGAAACAAGCUUUGGUACCGACUACUUCGGUUUACACUCUUAUCGACGAAAUUGUUACGCCUCAAGCUUCUAAUCCUGAAGGAGCUUCAUAUGUGACUGGAGCCUCAAAUAUUGCUAUUCAAGAUGCGUGUAGUAAAGCCCAUGUUGUUGAACACUUUGGCUUGAUAUUUGAUUUGGCUACUUAUGGAUUAGUAUACGAUGCCUUGAUUCAUGGUAGACCGGCAAGUCUAAGAACGUUUGAUCGCAAAUAUUGUGAAAAGCAUUAUAAAAACUUGGCUCACUUUGCACUUGAACUUCCACUUGAUAUUCAAGCUACUUGGAGAACUUUAUUUGGAAACUUUUUUGAUAGGUUAAACAUGAUUAAAAGAACUCUUACUUCAUUUCGCGUACCAGCUGAACCACUUUUGAUGGUACAAUAA